AUGGAUCGCAAAGAUUGCUGUUGGAUCGACCUAGAACGAUCCACGCUCCACGCAUCACGAUCUUGGAUCACGGAUCGCAGGAUCGCCGAUGUGGAUCCGGCUAUUGGGAUAAAUAUUAAAGUAAACGUGGGCCCCGGCCCUUCACUGGGGUCGGGGUUGGCGAUAAACCAAACGCGGGGUGGUCGAUCGGGCGGAGCCGCUUCCGAGCUGGAGGCGCCCGGUUGUGUCUGCCCUGUUUGUGGGAGUGUGAGGGGAUUACGUGUGCAGAAGCGUGCCGCGCAUCCCCUGGAAGCGAAUGUGGAGGCCGCUCCCAAUGCGGUGAAGCGUAGGUGGCAUGAGGAGGAGGUUGCACUCAUGGCAAGGACCGAGGCAAAACUAACCAGAGAGAUGGGUCGGUGUGGGAACGUAGAACUGUUUAAUGCUCUACCAGAGUUCGGUAGAACUUUUGAAGCCAUCAAAGGGCAAAGACGGAAACAAGAAUACCGAGAUUUAGUUAAAACAUAUCUAGAGAAUGUGGAGUCUCAGAACGAAUCUACGUCCCCACCACCAGAAACAGACCAUACUAUCAUAGAUAAUGAGAAUUUACAGCAACACCUGGUCGAGCCGAGGGCCUCAAGUGAGACGCGGCCGAAUCCGGUGUCGCCCAACGCAGAUGAUCCGCUUAGAGUAACGGAAAGCUCAGACUAUGCAACGUUAGCGGCGGGUGCUCUCAAUGACUUGCUUAGAAAGUCGUCACAAAACCUCAGCAGAAUCAAGGACAAAAUUGUCUUCGAUUGCUAUUUACCAGGUGAGUAUGGUGUUAAAUUUCGUCUCUGCAGAGAAAUGUUUUUAGCUACCUUUGAUUUAAAGAAAGACACGUUACAGCUUUGGGUACGACCUAACAACGAAAUAGAUCAAAAAGAUAAAAGUCAGGAGGGUAAACCAAUCCGAAAAGUAGAUAAGAUUGCUAAAAAAACAGGCAUAAAUAAUACUCUAAAGUCUGAAUCUGUUUGCAAAUGGUUGGAGUGUGUACCAAAAGUAUUAUUGUAG